CUGAUCUUGUGAAGCAGUAAGCACUUCUUGUUGGUGACCCCGAGGAUACGGUUGACACACCUAGAGCCCGAUAUACAAACAGGAACAAGUGAUCUUCUGGGGGCUGUGAAGAUUAACAUUCACCUGCUUGGCAAAACGAUUUCAAAGUGAGGUGCUGUGUCGAAGAGAAAAAGAAAAGUAUUUGAACAUUCAACGGAAGCAACCGAGUUGUGAAUAAUUUGAACGAACGGAUGCUAGAAGAAAGCGAGUCGGGAGAAUUUGAAUCCGGUUCCGCACUUUCCCAUGUGCAUUAUCACAUGAGUGUUGAAAAGUGAAGGAUUGCAUACAAUUUCAACGAGCAAGUGCGCUUCGGCUAUUGUUUGUCCUGUUUCCUAUUCAAAUACUUGCAAUUUCUGCUCCAAACAAAAGCCACGACGAGGCGUUUAGCAUUUUUCCUCCCUUGCUAGUUUAACAAUAUCCCACUGCUCCUUACAAAAAGGUCAACACAAGUACAUGUCAGAAUCACUUAAAUCUUCUCGGUAGUCCCAUUCUAAAUACAAGUGCUUGCAUAGUGGUAGAAAAGCAGGACGGAAAAGGGAAAUCCCUGGGCAGCACGUCACAAGUGAAUGAAUUUAUGACGCAAAGGGUCUAUGAAUAAAUUUGUAACUCCACGAGAUUUGCCGUAAUCGGGGUGCUCGGCUAUCUGUGCAACUGGUUGCAAGUGAAACCGUCGGUUUAGCCGCCGCUCCGUGGACAGUGAGCAAACAAGAGAUAGAAAAAAUAAACGGGUAGUGCGGGCGGAAAAGCAAUAAAUUUCUCACCAAAAACAAAGUGCAUCGUGAUAAACCUCUGACGAAUUUAGUAAUCUACUAGCAGAGAAAUGGAGGUUACAAAAAUGUCCGCCUGCAGAUGGUUAUUCUUGGUGAUUCUGUGCUCAGUCUUACUAUGCUGUCACACUUCCAACGCCGGCCCAGCUCGUCAGUUGGCCAGUUUGGCGGCCCGGGCCUCGAAGAUUCCCCGUUCGAUACGGGCACCGUUUCGGAACUCGGAAAUGAUGACCGCAAGAGGGUUCGGGAAACGUCGUGCCCCAAUUGGAGUCAACGUCGGAGGCAGCAGUGGUAACGUCGGCGUCAAACACAUGAUUGAUGAAACGGCACCUUGGAGCUACGAUAAACGUGAGACGGGAAAACUUAUCGAAGAGCUCACCGCCGACAAUGCAGAUCCGGUGCAACAGAUAAUUGGUGAACAGGAAAGCUUCCCAUUGGACUGGUUCGUCAACGAAAUGUCAUCGAAUCCUGCUCUGGCGAGGACAAUCCUGCAGCAUUUUGUGGACAGCAACAAGGAUGGACUGGUGACAACGAACGAGUUGCUCAGCUCUAGUGCUAGUGAUAGUAACGACCUGUUCUAAAAAAAUCCACUUGUUGCAAAUUCCACAUUGAGCCCUCUUGUCCCACCGAUGAUGUAUCUUAAAUAGAUUCUCAGCAACAAUCGACUAAAAUAACCGGAAAACCUUUUUCGAACUAGCCUAGUGUUUGUUAAGCGUUCAGCGAUGAAAUCAGAGAGGAAGCCUUGUAAAUUGCAAACAUAAAACCUUGAAUGUUAGCUCUUCUCUAUGAUUAUUGAUUCUUUUAAUGCAGACUGUUACCCCGUGAGACGUUACGCACUUUAGCAUUAGAAAGGAAAAGUUGAUUUGUGAUGUAGAUUAGUUUAUAUGUAGCAAUAUGGAGUUAUAAUUUAGUUUAUGAGUUACGGUUCAUUACAAAAUGGCAGAUAUGGCGUGGGAAAUACGUUCACCACGACUGAUAGGCUUAGUAAGGCAAGAGCUUAGAAAUAACCAAUGCAGGCUGGAAGUUGUGUUAUUUCUAAGCUUCUGUUCUAUCAAUCUGCCAAAGAGUAAAGAAAGUCAGCUACAUGCAAAUAAGAGCACAUAAUUUGGUAAGCAUGUUAAAGGGACAUAAUUAGUCCUGAAUCAUUGUGAAAAACGAGAGAAAGCUACCUUAUAAACGAAAAGAUAUCAAACCAAAGCACUGUAUUAUACAUAAUUAAACUGCAGAGAACUUAUAUUGUGCAAAGAAAACUCACAAAAUGCAAUUGAAGAAUAAAACUUGAAAAUUACUGUA